AUGGGGGAUAGUUCCAUGUGUCCUGAUGUGGACCAAAAGCGCUUUCAUAACAUUCUCCAAAGAUCUCUCACACAGUUUAAGCUCAAAAAGCCAAUGAUUACAAACUACAUGAUCCAUCACCUAGAUUAUCUUGUUACUAACUUCUGUUAUUUCAAAGACAUCGCUCUUGUAAGCGAAUGCUUGUGUACAGACAACAGCCGAUUUAACUUUGCAUUCUACCAGAAGAUGAAUGUUUUUAUACGGAUCAUCAAAUUCUCUAGCGACGGUUCAGUCGGAGACAGGCAGGAGGCAGACAACCCUACUGAUAGCCUCUCAAUCAAAAGUAGUGUGAGUAGCACCGCGGGAUGCAUAUAUCCUAUGACAAAGGAAGAAUGGAUAAGAAGAAGUAAAGAUGCUUUAUUUGGAUUAGUUUCCGAAUGUACCAACAUUUCAGACACAGAGGAUGAGGAUGACAAAGCCAGGAUGAAGGAGAUCUUUAGGAAUUUUGAGAUCAAUGAAUACUUCGGAAAUGGAGAGGACUUAGAGUAUCUUGUGUUCAAUCCUACAUCGAAAGUUCUGAAACACUUUUUUGAGGUUUUGGCAUUCCACUUUAGGAUUCAUCCCCAUUACAUGACGGAGGCCCUUGACAGAAGCUUUAUUACUUCCUUCCUCGACACUCUCGAUUUUGAGCCUGCACUGAACCUUUUCAGUAUUCUUCUUGAGUUGAAAGGUCUUAACAUGCAGAAGCUGGCCAUGCUACUGAAGGAUGCGCGUCCGGUGUCCUCUCUCAUUGAGAGGAAGCAUUAUGUGGCACUGAAGAUGUUGCUUCUUGCUGAAUGGAUGGAUGAGGAUAGUGGGUCGAUGUCCAGUGAUGAGGAGGACUUUUUUCAUGACGAAAUAAUGCUGGCAGGAGAAAGACUUGUCUCCAUAUUUCUCAGGGAAGAGUCAUACUUUGAGUACAAGCAGAUAUAUGACAUAAUCGAGAUUCUGAGCUGUUCUCGCAGAUGCCCUAAACUGAAGAUCCCAGAGCUCAAAACCAUAGACUCCAAGAUGAUUCUUUAUAUAAGGCUAAUGGUGGGGCAACUUGACCUUCUCAUGGAUGAAAUAUUCCAAAACAAGAUCCAUCUCACACUUCUAGACCUAUUUUUUGGAAAUCCAGACAACCUGGCUCUUUUGAUACCCCUUACAAUAUUUCUUUCGUCGGCAAUUAAGGACCAAUCCAAAUUCUCUAUACUUAUAGAUACCGGAUUCUUGGAUAGGUUCCACGAUACAUGCAUCAAGUUCAUUUCAGUCGACAACGGGCCAAGGCCAGCUGUAGAGUCCAUAUUCUCUUGUCUUGUGUACAUAUAUCCACUGAUCACCUUCUAUCUUGCAAAGAUAAACAAGGAGCUUCUUGAUACAGACAAAUGGGUUUAUCUCUCUUCCAUGAUGGAUCCUUAUAGCAGGAUAGAAAAGCUGAAUUAUUCCAACGAUGAAGCAAUAGAAACGUUUCUUGCCAGAAAUCCCAGUGAGAGCUUUGUCAGGUACAUAUGUCAUCUUGUCAUCGAUGAGAUGCCUGUCCCCUCCAUAUUCCUUGAAAAGAGGUAG